CGGGUGAAUGGAAAAGUGAAUUGGGGAAAAUAAAUAUAUAUGACCAUGAAGGGAAACACAUUGGCGAUAAAUACACUCUGAUACACUACCAAAACAUUGAAGGACAGGGAUUGCAAAUGACUAAAUGGUUUCUAGAUGAAUUACAUCUGCGGCAAUCCCCUAGUCAAGAAGAGGAAGAGAGCAGUAGUGUGACAGAUGGAAAUGAAAAUGCCCCAAGGCCUAAUCUCCUUACCCCUGUGCAAGUUGUUUGCAGAAUUUACAAAGAUGAAGACUGGGGGAUACAUGAUGAAUCCGGGGAAGAUGAUGAAUCCGGGGAAGAUGAUGAAUCCGGUGAAGACGAUGAAUCUGAAUCUGGGAAUGAAUAUGAAAGUGAAGACAGUUCGGAUGGGGCGAAUUCAUGUUCUGGCUCAGUAGUAAUUAAUGUUGAGUAGGCCAAGAGGAGCUCCAAUUACUAUAAUAAUGGCUCAUUGUUCAUAAUAGACAAGAAACGCCCUCUCUCUCUAAGACUGUCCUCUCCCUCUCUCUUUGUAGUAUGAUUGCUGGUUUUUAUCAUAGAAUUUGGUGGUGGUUUUAUUUAUAUAGAAGUUAUGCCUAAGGAUUGUUGGUUUGCAUAUUACAUGUGCAAAUCACCAUUUGGUUAUAUAUCUUUAUCUUGGAUGGUUU